GAAUGACUGAAUACGCAUCGCACGAUCGAUCUGGGCCGUCCGAUUUGAUGAGGCAGAUGAUCCGACGGCUCUCCCGCGUCGGCGACUGCUCGUCGCCCUCCUCGUCGCUGCCCUUCUCCCCGGCGCCACGUCGCGGCGGCGGCGGGGGGAAGAGGUCGUCGUCGUCGCACGAGGGGGUCCCCGAGGGGCACGUGCCGGUGUACGUCGUCGGCGGGGGGGAGGGGGAGGCGGCGGAGCGGUUCGUCGUGCGCGCCGAGCUGCUCGGCCGGCCGGCGCUGGCCGAGCUCCUCCGCCGCGCUGCCCAGGAGUACGGGUACGACCACCAUGGCCCGCUCCGCAUCCCGUGCCACCCCGACGUCUUCCGCGCCGCGCUCGCGGCCGCCGGCGACGAGGACGACGUCGACAGCGAGUAGUAGCCGCCGUUUCGCUGAGCUCGCGAGCCCCUGCAGUGUGUACUGUAAAUAUAUAGCGCCGAGAAUUCUGUUGUCCUGGGCUUUUAAUUAAUGUUUUGUUUUCUCUCAUUUUUUUCUUCCUUUGUGUUGAAUUUUGAUGAGGGAGAGAGUGUGUGUGAGCAGAGUGAUGACAAUGUAAAUUUUAUGUCAGUGAGAUGUUUAAUUAGCUUGAGCGCGGCUUAUUAUAUAUGAUUACUGUACCAUUUAAGUAGUAAUUUUCAUGAACAGUUGUUUGACUGUAUUUUUU